AAGUACCAUUAAGGGCUUUUAUUUUGAAAUGGCUCAAACAGUAACAAUGCAUUGUAUUGCCAGAUCCUGUCCUGUGACUGUCACAGUAAUUUCCAGUUCCUGUUCUAUGGUUAUCAUCAUACUUUUGGAUUCCGACUUAAAUGCUGUGUGACCUGAUUUCCCGUUCUUGCUUUGGUUGAAUUAUUUCCAUUUAAAGUCAGAUGGGUUAGUCUCACAUUUCAGGGGCUUUUAUUGUGAAAUUGCACAACUGAGUAGGUCCAUGCUAAGUGGAACCUUCUCACCUGUCGGUGAGUGCAGUUUUAUUUUGUCCCGUAAGCACCUCUCCUGGCAGCUUUUAUUUUGAAGUGCUCAGUGUUUCCAUCCCGCAGUGGGUCGUCGGAGGACGGCAAAUACAAGGAAGACGCUCCAGGCGCUGAGCAACAUUCCCGGGAUUCCUUCAUCAUUCCUGGGUCGCUACCUGUCCAACAGGUGCAGUGAGCCGGCUCGGUGGAUUUCAGGCGGUCGUCAUGGCCGAGUGUCUUCGCAGGAUCUGUCCCGCUCUGUGGUCCAAGAUCCACGGGGACAGGAAGUCUCCUCCACAGGCAGCAGAGGACGGAGACAAACAGCAGCAGCAACAGAACCCGGAACCGCUUCCCCAGUCACCAGCCGAGGAGGAGGAUGGAAGCACCUUCUCGGCCAUGUGGGACUUCCAGGGCAGGAACCCCAAUGAGCUGAGCUUCCAGGAGGGAGACUUGUUCAGGGUCCAGAGCCGCAUCGAUGACUGGUGGACGGUGGACAAGAUAGAUGAGACCGGCAGCGUCCUCGACACCGGUCUGGUGCCCAGUAACUACCUGAAGAAGAAGGAAGACGUUCUGGAAGAGGAACCGUGGUAUUUUGGCAACAUGAGCCGCUCCGAAGCCCUAAGUCACCUCAUGGCACCAGAAAAUGAGCCAGGAGCGUUCCUGGUCCGCUCCAGUGAGAACCACCCGGGCUACGUCCUCUCAGUGCGGUCCAGCUGUCGAGUAAAGCACUUCAAGAUCCUCCAAACACCAGACGGUCAGUUUGACCUGGACCGCACGAAUCAGUUCAGCUCGCUGAGACACCUGGUGGCACACUACCGCAACAACUGCCUCAACAACCUGGACAAGCUGGGGAAGCCCAGCCGGAGGAGAGCCACAUCUCCAGAGGUCAUCUUCCCAGACGACCAGUGGGAGCUUCCCAAAGAGGAGUUCACUUUAGAGGACAAGUUGGGAAGCGGCUACUUUUCCGACGUUUAUCAAGGACGCUGGAAGUCUCACACUCGGGUGGCCAUCAAGAUCAUCAAGAACGAUUCCGAGGUGAACCACUCGGAGUUCCAGCGGGAGGUUCAGAUCCUGAAACGCCUUCGCCAUCGUCACCUCAUCUCGCUGUUCGCCAUCUGCACCGCCUCGUCGCCCUACUACAUUGUCACCGAGCUGAUGGCGAAGGGAAGUCUGCUCGACCUCCUCAGAAGUCCUGAGGGCAAACAGCAGGAAAUGAUAUCCCUGGUGGACAUGGCUGCCCAGGUGGCUGACGGGAUGUCGUACCUGGAGGAGCACGAGCUGGUCCACAGAGACUUGGCAGCCCGGAAUGUUUUGGUCGGAGAAGACUACAUCUGCAAGGUGGCCGACUUUGGCCUGACCCAAGUCAUCAAGGAGCCCAUCUACCUCACCUACCAGAAGGCCAUCCCCUACAAGUGGACCGCUCCGGAGGCCAUCAGCCACAGCAAUGGAGCCUUCUCCAUCAAGUCAGACGUCUGGUCUUUUGGCAUCCUGCUCUAUGAGAUUGUCACCUACGGAGGCGUCCCCUAUCCAGGUUUGAAUGGGAAGGAAGCGCACGAGAUGGUCGUGGAAGGCUACAGGAUGCCGUCUCCGCCCGAUUGUCCGGAAUUCCUCUACCAAAUGAUGUUGAAAUGCUGGCGCGUCGAGCCCGUAGAGAGGCCGGCUUUCACAGACUUAAAGGUGGAACUGGAAGUCAUCUACAUGAUGGAGUGAUAGCACAGCACCGCCACAGGGGGGCGGCAAAGUGUCACAAAAUCACCCCAUUCAUUUUCAACUAUGCAGUGGUGUAAAAAGGCGUUUGCGACUUGCAGGUUUGUCCCAAUUAGUCAAUGACAACGCAUCUGUACACAAAAGGCACUUUCUAUUAUUUAAGGGGAAAAGUCUGAACCUACACGACCCUGUAUCUAACUGAAAUCUGUCAGUGUGGAACAGGUUAUAAAGCCAUUUCUAAAGCUGUAGGACUCCAGCCAACCACAGUGAGAGCCAUUAUCCACGGAACAGUGGUGAACCUUACCAAAAUGUUUGACGAUCUGAAACAUUUAAAUGUGACAAACGUGUAAAAAUUAAAAAAAAAUAAAAUUAAAAAAUUAUAUGUAAACCUCCAUUUUAUUUUUUGAUUGAUUGAUUUAAAGAGGGAACAGCACAUAUUUAUGAACAUUUUUACAAAUGUAAAUAUGCCAGAUUAUAUAGCCUUGAGCUAAUUUCCAUCUGCAGACCCCCUGGCAGGUUGACCUCAAAGCCUAUGGCUGUCAUCAUCUCUGUAAAUAACUAUAUGUAGCAUGGUUGCUAGCUGCGUUAAGUGGGUCAUGUUGAUAUUUGACCUCCAUUCAGACAUGGCACACAUUUAAUGUACACGUACACUGAUGCAUCAUGCGUACUGGUACAUGACAGAUGAAGUUGUUAGCAUUUCGCUGGUUCAUCACAGCGACUGCCAAUAAAGUUGCACAAAGUCAAAACAUGCAAGAUGG